GACGGCGUGUUCCCGAAACAGUGGUGCAUGCAACCGCCGGCCACAGCACCUCUCAGGUCCAAGAAAGGGAUCAUCUUCCUCAAGCGCGACCUCUUCGACGGCGCCGUGCUGCCCGCAGACACGAAGCUCGGGCACGCCACGGCGACCAGCGCAGUCUCCAGCACCAACCACGCGCCGCCGCCGUUCGACUACGGCAGCCUCCGGGACAUACUGGCUUACUAAAACAUAGCGCCAGGCUCGGGGCAGGCCCGGCAGGUCGCCAGCACGCUCCGGCUCUGCGGCCGCAGCGAGGCACGAGGCGGCGACCAGCCGGAAAAGCCGCACGUCUGCGCCACCACGGAGCGAGCGGCCAUGGAGUUCGCCGUGGCCGCCCUGGGAGCGACGACGGUGGAGCCGCUCAGGACGGUCGUGCACGGGCGCGAGGAGCCCCGAAGGUACGUGGUGGCGCCAGGCGGCGUCGCCAGCGUCGGCGGCGCGGUGGUGCCGUGCCACCCGCUGCCGUACCCGGCGGACGUGUUGUACUGCCACCGGCCAAGGAACGUGCGGGCCGUGCGCGUGGAGCUGGUCGGGCAGGACGACCCUUCGCUGGGCGCGACGGCGGUCGCCGUCUGCCACGAGGACACCUCCGGCUGGGACGCCGAGUACUUCGCCAUGCUCAACGGGUCCCGUGGCGAGCCGAUCUGCCACUACAUGCCGAAGAAGUUUGUGCUGUGGGUAGCCGGUGAAAUCUAGCUUGCUUAACAUAUUGGUGAAGUAUGAAUCUCCACCUAAGCUAAUGGUCACUAUAUAUAUCUAUGUACGGUAGGAACUGCACGCACGAAUUUAUUACUCCUUCUGUACCACAAUACUUAUCGUUGAAGAAAACUAGUCUAAU